AUGGGGCUGAGGACCGCGAAGAAGGGGGGGCUUGGGGGAGGGGGGAAAUGGAAGAGAGAGGAGGGAGGAGGUACAAGAGGAAGGAGAGAAGUGCGGCCAGCUUGCUUUCUCCAGUCGGGUGGCCGCGGGGACCCGGGCGACGUCGGAGGCCCUGCCGGGAACCCAGGCUGCAGCCCCCACCCCCGCGCUUCGACACGCCCCCCACCCCUUCCGGCUCACACCCCCGCCCACACUCCUGAGUGGUGCGGUGCAGCGUCGGCCGAGGCAGCAGAGCCGAGGAGAGCAGGUCCACACCUCUGCAUCCCUGCACCAGGACUCACCAAGACGCCCAUCCUGGAAAAGGUCCCCUGUAAGAUGGCAGCAAAAACUCCCAGCAGUGAGGAGUCUGGGCUGCCCAAACUGCCCGUGCCCCCGCUGCAGCAGACCCUGGCCACGUACCUGCAGUGCAUGCGACACUUGGUGUCUGAGGAGCAGUUCAGGAAGAGCCAGGCCAUUGUGCAGCGGUUUGGGGCCCCUGGUGGCCUCGGCGAGACCCUGCAGCAGAAACUCCUGGAGCGGCAGGAGAAGACAGCCAACUGGGUGUCUGAGUACUGGCUGAAUGACAUGUAUCUCAACAACCGCCUGGCCCUGCCUGUCAACUCCAGCCCUGCCGUGAUCUUUGCUCGGCAGCACUUCCCUGGCACCGAUGACCAGCUGAGGUUUGCAGCCAGCCUCAUCUCUGGUGUACUCAGCUACAAGGCCCUGCUGGACAGCCACUCCAUUCCCACUGACUGUGCCAAAGGCCAGCUGUCAGGGCAGCCCCUUUGCAUGAAGCAAUACUAUGGGCUCUUCUCCUCCUACCGGCUCCCCGGCCAUACCCAGGACACGCUGGUGGCUCAGAACAGCAGCAUCAUGCCGGAGCCUGAGCACGUCAUCGUAGCCUGCUGCAAUCAGUUCUUUGUCUUGGAUGUUGUCAUUAAUUUCCGCCGUCUCAGUGAGGGGGAUCUGUUCACUCAGUUGAGAAAGAUAGUCAAAAUGGCUUCCAACGAGGACGAGCGUUUGCCUCCAAUUGGCCUGCUGACGUCUGACGGGAGGAGCGAGUGGGCCGAGGCCAGGACGGUCCUCGUGAAAGACUCCACCAACCGGGACUCGCUGGACAUGAUUGAGCGCUGCAUCUGCGUUGUAUGCCUGGACGCGCCAGGAGGCGUGGAGCUCAGCGACACCCACAGGGCACUCCAGCUCCUUCAUGGCGGAGGCUACAGCAAGAACGGGGCCAAUCGCUGGUACGACAAGUCCCUGCAGUUUGUGGUGGGCCGAGACGGCACCUGCGGUGUGGUGUGCGAACACUCCCCAUUCGAUGGCAUCGUCCUGGUGCAGUGCACUGAGCAUCUGCUCAAGCACAUGACGCAGAGCAGCAGGAAGCUGAUCCGAGCAGACUCCGUCAGCGAGCUCCCCGCCCCCCGGAGGCUGCGGUGGAAAUGCUCCCCGGAAAUUCAAGGCCACUUAGCCUCCUCGGCAGAAAAACUUCAACGAAUAGUAAAGAACCUUGACUUCAUUGUCUAUAAGUUUGACAACUAUGGGAAAACAUUCAUUAAGAAGCAGAAAUGCAGCCCUGAUGCCUUCAUCCAGGUGGCCCUCCAGCUGGCCUUCUACAGGCUCCACCGAAGACUGGUGCCCACCUACGAGAGCGCGUCCAUCCGCCGAUUCCAGGAGGGACGCGUGGACAACAUCAGAUCGGCCACUCCAGAGGCACUGGCUUUUGUGAGAGCCAUGACUGACCACAAGGCUGCUGUGCCAGCUUCUGAGAAGCUUCUGCUCCUGAAGGAUGCCAUCCAUGCCCAGACUGCGUACACAGUCAUGGCCAUAACAGGGAUGGCCAUUGACAACCACCUGCUGGCACUGCGGGAGCUGGCCCGGGCCAUGUGCAAGGAGCUGCCCGAGAUGUUCAUGGAUGAAACCUACCUGAUGAGCAACCGGUUUGUCCUCUCCACUAGCCAGGUGCCCACAACCACGGAGAUGUUCUGCUGCUAUGGUCCUGUGGUCCCAAAUGGGUAUGGUGCCUGCUACAACCCCCAGCCAGAGACCAUCCUUUUCUGCAUCUCCAGCUUUCACAGCUGCAAAGAGACUUCUUCUAGCAAGUUUGCAAAAGCUGUGGAAGAAAGCCUCAUUGACAUGAGAGACCUCUGCAGUCUGCUGCCGCCUACUGAGAGCAAGCCAUUGGCAACAAAGGAAAAAGCCACGAGGCCCAGCCAGGGACACCAACCUUGACUCCUGCCACUAGGUUUCAUCUCCCAAACCCAGCCUCUAGAACAGCCAGACCCUGCAGAUCCCCACUCCCGUCCCUUACCCCAGCUUUCCACAGCUCCCUGUCCUCAGGGUCCAACUCACAGACCAUACAGAGACAUCACACAGAGCCGGAGUGUUAGGAGGAAAGGGUCCCCUCUUCAUGCAUGGGAAUCGUCAUUUUCAAGGUGGCUUUGGGCCUGCACACUGGGAAAUGGGACCUGCCUGGCUCAGAGGCAGCCUGGAUGCACUGGGGAACCACACUAAGGACUCCUUCUGUGGUCCUUGGAAGCUUAGUGUUCAUGUCUCCUUCCCUAGCAGGACCUAGUAUGUCCAGGUGAUGCUUCUGCCCAAGGAAAGGAUGAGUCACUCUAUUACAUGCAAUGUACCUAAUGAGUUAGGAAGGAAGAGUCUAACUCCAGGUCAUUACCUCUUUUCUUUUUUGGGGGAGAAGAGGCUGUGUUUUGAGAUUCAGAGCAUUCCUAUCGUGGCAUUCCCAGUGUCUCCACUGAGCCGUACAGUCCUGCAAGCACCCGCUCCUCCCACACACACCACAGAGCCCAAGCCCAUUUAAAAUAUAGUGACUUGGGCCCACAAACACAUUUCUGCUUUCGUGCCCAGGGGCAGCCUUCUGUUGAGCUUAGAAAAUUGUGUCCAGCUAUUCUGAAAGGAAAAAAAAAUUUAUCUGUGACUGCCCUGGAGUUGCUGCCACUCUCUGCUUAGCAGGCGGCAUCAGGGCCAGUCCAAGAUGGUGCACAGCCCAGGGGCACAGCCCCAAACAGAUGGUGCCUGGUGCCGGUGGGUUUGCAGAGGACCUGGCCCCUUCCCGGGGUCCUGCCACUUGCAUUUUUUCUGCAUCUUUUCCCCUCUCCUCCCCUCCUACAUGCUCCAGUAGGUGAAGAGAGAUGGUUACUUUGGGUUUUUCCAUUAUCUGUUUUGUUUUAAGACAGAGAUUUUUAAGAAAACCACCCUGACAUUAAUUUCAGAAAUUCUUAGUGAUUCAAGCAGGACCCUUAGGCAGCUGGGCUCCUUUAUUUGGAGCAGGCUAUCCAGGGACUCUGACAAAAACCCAUGUGGUAGAGCCUAGAGCAGGGCUCUCUUCUGGCCUCAGGGACUUAGGGGACAGCUGGCAGGGAGCAGGGCUGGGAGGAGGGCACAGCCUCGUCCAGAGUCAGCCCCAGCCCCAGCCCCAGCUCCAGCUUCAGCCCCAGCUCCAGCUCCAGCAUGGGCAGGACAGGCAGGUCAGCAGAGGCAGAGUUGAGAUGUCUCCAGAGACUGUGAUCAUAGGAGAGACACAAGAGGCACUUCCUAUUAGAGCACAUUUUUAUGGGAAGUCUAAAGGGCAGAGGGAGGGAGUAAGAAAGCAACCAGAGAAAUCUACAGCAUAGAGCCCGUGUGUUCUGCUCCACAUCCCUCCAAUCCUGCUGCUUCCUGCUGAGCACUCUGCUCUAGCCCAGCAAUCCUGUAGGUCUCCCUUCUUUGUGCCACUGUGAAGGCUCUCCACACUUCGACCUGGACUGUCACAGGCUGGCAGAGGUGGGGUGGGCAUUUGACCUUUGCUCAGCUCUUUGAAAACACAAGCAGCCUCAAGAAGUGAGUUCCUUGAACCCCUGGUUUUAGAUGGAGGAUCUCUAUUAGAUGUCAUGGGAGAUUUGGGCACUACCCUUUGAACAUACAAACUUAAGUCAUUGGCCUGAGAUUUAUGCUCCUUCCCUCCCACGGCCACCUUCCUACUCUGCUUAGGAAGUUGCAGCACAAGGGUCCUGGGUUUUCUGGGGAAAGGCAGCCCACCUGCUGUAAGUUGGCCCAAAGCUACUUGUCUGUUCUCUCCAAGUGACCACAGUGCAGAUCCGAGUUCUCCUCCGGUUCCUUUCCCUCCAUGGAUUUCUGGGCAGACAUAGAGCUCCAGCUAUGGGGCCAGGCAGCCCCACCAACCUCGGCCAAAUGACAUGCAUGCCCAGAGACGCAGUUCCUUCCACUGUCAAAUGAGAACAAGAGUGUCCCCACUUGCAAGACUAUGAGGAUUGGAGAGCAUGUGUGUCAAGGACCUUGCUGGGUCAACAAUUCAUUUGCCUUUGUCUGGAGUCUGCCAGCAGCAGUAGCUAAUGUCUAAAAGACACAGGGGCCAGGAGAGAAAAGGGAGGAAAGAACUAAGUCUCUCCUAGUCUAUGGCCUGCUAUCAUGGGGUCAAGUAGGGGCAGGGAGGCUUCAUGGGGCCUACCUUUGGGAUGACAUUACCCCAGUGGGCAUUGUUUGGGUGGUUUUCUUUUAAACUAUUUACACUGAUAUGACAGACUCAAACUCAUAUUUGCUAUUCUCCGAGCACAUGGAAAGGUAACUCACUCUGUACAUUCAGAUAUCAAACUAUGCACUGUGAGGGCUAUGAGAAGCGCAAACAGUAAACGCUUGGCAGGAGGGAACACUUCCUCUCUCUGAGGAAGAGGCUGGAAGCUGGUCUUCCCCCUCCAAGAAUACACGGGUGCACUGAGUCUUUAUGCAAAGGCAACACUGAGCCAUGGCCAAGGGCAUCUCUGUGGGGAUCCUGGGAAAGGAGCCUGCUCCAGGUGUCCCCAAAGAGAUGGAAAACAAGACAGUCAUUUGGAACAGUGAUGCAUAAUAAAAUGUAUGUGGCCACCUUACAAUACUGCUAAGUUGCUAAAAUAUAUAAAGUUAAUAUUUGAGUUCUAUUUUUAUAAAAUAGUUCUAGAUUUAUGGCAAUAUAUACGUGUAUAGCCUUUUGAUUUUAAUUUCUAGUUUUGUGCUUUGAAGAAAUAUAUGUAAGAUUAAAGAACUGUAUAUUGUAAGCAUUAUAUUCAAAUUAUUUAAAAAUUGUUCUAAGUCUAUAUUCAAUAAAAAGUAAUGCCAAGAAA